GUCGACCACCAGGCUGCCUCAACAUUGAGCAUCUUCUGUCUAUUUCUAAUGAACUGUGGUCAUCGGAGGAUUUAAAGUAUGCUUUUCACGUGAAGUUUGUUUGAAACGUCCCCCUCCGUUUUCUGUAAUGGACUCACUCUUUCCUUUUCUAGUGUCCAGCUACAGAGUUGGUCUCGACGUGUCCAUUGAAUUCGAGUUCCGAACCAGCAGAACUAAUGGCGUCCUUUUGACCAUCAGUAACCAAGGCAAUGAUGGUCUUGGUCUGGAGAUUGUUCAGGGCCAGCUGCUAUUCCACGUGGACAACGGCGCCGGACGGAUCACGGCGCUGCACGUGCCCGACGGCGACGGCUUCUGUGAUGGCCAGUGGCACUCUGUCGUCGCCAACAAGGUUCGCCACAGGGUGGAGCUGCUGGUGGAUGGGAAGCGGAGCCAAGCUCAGAGUUCCAAUGUGCGCUCCAACACCUGCGACACCAACGACCCCAUCUAUGUGGGAGGCUACCCGGACGGCGUUCGUCAGGCAGCUCUGUCCGGCCGCACGUCCUUCAGAGGUUGCAUGAAGAACAUGAAGAUCACCAAAGCCUCAAAGGUCAUGGAGGUGCACUUCAACAAGGCUCUGGAAGUCCAAGGGGUUCAACCGCUCUCGUGUCCCGCCGUCGCUGCCUAACAACCCGCCCUUGAAGCAACUUCCCAUUUUCCCUCCGCUGUUCCAUUUACUCUUGGUAGAGGGUUUGGAUACUGACUUUGAUGCAGCUUGAUUUCAGCCUGGUACAAUAAAUACUGUUCAUGGCUCCUUCA